AUGGCCUUUCUAAUGAAAAGUAUGUUGAGCAACCAGGUAAAGAAUUUGGGACUUGGAGGUGGAGGGGAAGAAAGCAAAGAAGAAAGCACUCCUUCUGAUCCAGCAGCAGCUGCAGGAAUGACCAGAGAGGAGUAUGAGGAAUAUCAAAAGCAAAUGGUUGAGGAGAAGAUGGAAAGAGAUGCAGCAUUUGCACAGAAAAAAGCAGAGCGAGCCUGUCUGAGGGUUCAUCUGAGAGAAAAGUACAGACUCCCGAAGUUCCGCGAUGGUGUUCAGGACUCCGCAGUCACCCUUGGCCGAUGCCCGACAAGCGCACCGCCACCUCAUAGCACCCAAGAGCGUGCAGUGGUGAUCUGCCCCAUCGCCAGCGGGAUCGUGGCUUUGGUGUACGCUAAGUGCUCCUUGGGACCAAAUUUCAGUAAUAACAGUAGAAGCUUUGCCUACAAG